AUGUCCACCUACGCAUUGCAGACGAAAACAAUGCUGCAAUCUGUCUCUAACACACCUAUACAACUCUUGGGACUGUCCGCCAAACGCGACGAAUCGAAAUCACAACUGCCGUCGAAGCGAAAGAGAGAUACCAUAUGUGGGUUGGGAGCUUUUAAUAAACCCUUCACCAUUAGGCCAUACCCCGACUCGCCGUAUGACAAGCCUGCGACUUUCAAACCGGUACGCGUAAUCGGACGCUCGCAGCUGCCUCUUACAUUCCUCGACACGUCCUCGGACGAGAAUUUCGCCACCAACUCCCUCUUCUCCGCCCGUAUCGACAUACUAGAGCACAAUGAAGAUUUGCAAGAGCAGGAAAACGAAGUUCCAAAGGUGCUCAUAGCACGAUAUGAAUCGAAGCGGACGCUGUAUGCCAUAGAACGGGUACAGGCUCGGACAUACAGUAUAUGCAGACUGGCGAUUUGGGUCAAGGAGAAAGAUGUUGCGGAGCUAUGGGACCCCUCGAACUUGACAACAUUGAUUCUACCUCCAACUCUCCAAAAAGCUGAAGCAGAUGUAGUUGCAGCUGGGGAAUGGUGGCAAUACGCUGUUGUGCAAAUACCAUCUGCAGGGCGACCGGCAAACCGUGCUAAGAUGGCAAUGAUGCGGCCAAAGCAGGACCCCAAAGCGGCCGCAGAUUCACAAGUGCUAGACAGUCUGGGACCACAAGAGGUUAUGGAUCUAAACGCAGAGCCAUCGACGGAUUUGCCAUCGCCACAGGAGCAACUUGCAUCGCUGCUUCAACAGUACCUAGACGCAGUGUACAUGUCAAAAACAUCUCUGGCCUACUUUGCAAAAGGCCCCAUCACCCGCAUACGCAAUGCCUUCACAUCACCCGAGGAGGGUGCGCCAUCGACCUAUGAAUUAGUAACUUUCCUGAGAUCGAUGCUUCUGAGUCCCAAGGCUAGCGAGAAGAAGUACUACGAGAAACUGCCGGCUGUUAUCAAGGCAAUACCGCCAGGAAGCUUUUCCGACGAUGAGCCAACUGCAGCGGCUGGCAAAGCAAAGAAAUCGAAGAAGAAAGUGAAGCUUAGCCGAGAGGGAGUGUACCCUAUAGAGGAGCCUAUAAUCAAGAAAUGGUGGAUGUCAGAGCUGCCGAAUGGUGAUAGCAUGGGUGCAGAGUCGAUGGACCAGCGCAUCAAAAGGCGAAUCGGAGAACUACGAGUUCGCGAAACACUUGCCCAAAUGAUUCUUAUGCUCGAAAUUGUGGCGCUUGAAGCACUAUCUACACAUAAGCCGCCCCCGGAAGAACGACCUGUCGCAGACGCUACGCAAGUUCAAGAUGAGUCGCAGACGCAACCCAAGAAGCGGAAACGGAAACUUGACGAUAUCAGUCUACAACUCGAUCUGCUGUUGGACAAACUGUGCAUCUGGCAUGCCACCGAGGAAUUCGGAAUCUUGGAUUUUGACUCAAAGCCGUCAAAACAAAACGGUUAUUCUGAUGGCUUUGGCAAGAACGGGGCAAGCGACAGACUGCACAGCUUCUGUGUUGAAGUCAUCAUACCCUUCUACAUGAAUCGGCUCCCGGAGCAGGCCCUCAUGGUUAACAAGAAACUCGGCGGUCCAUCGCAUACUUCGCCACCAAAGCGGAAGGCCAUGAAGCCACCAACUGCCUCGCGCAAGUCGGGAGAACCGAAGGAGCCUGAGGCAAAGAAGUCACGACGAUCGUUGGGAAGAGUAGCCACAGAUACUACGGGAAAAACCGUCGAGCGAGUAACACCAUCUCUGAGUCGAUCUGCAACCGACUCUGCGCUUUUGAACGGUGUGAAACGAGAGGGGAGUGAAGUACCCCUCUCAGCCAUACCAUUCCACCGCAGCCCAUCUAAGGGUGCUAGGCAAUCCAUGUCGCAGAUGAGACAUCUGCAGGGCCGUCAAAUUGAUUUUACGCGGCCCUCAGCUGCAGCUUCUGCGAAGAUGAAGCAAAAGCAGCGUGUCGAGGAAGACCUGCAAGAGGCUAUCCUGGCUUUGAAAAAGCCAAACCGAGGACUGGCUGCUGGAGGCUACAUCGCUGAUGUUGAAAAACGCACUCUUGGUUUGACUAGCAAGUCGAGGAAGCCUGCCAACCCCGUACGAAAGACUAUCAAAGAUGUUCAAGUCUCUGCAACCCCUAGAGUUGGCCGAAGAACAAAGGACAUGAUCGAACAAACACCUAGCCACGACCGCCACCACAAUCCGUUCCUUCGACUUCCAAAUGUCGAAGCGCCUCCUUCAAGCAACUUCUGCAUCCCUUCCUCAGCCACUCGUCCACCAUCUUCCAUUGUACCGGCAACGGUCCAGCGUAGCGCAACGGCCCGCAGCCUAGCGCAUUCUAAAAUCGCCGAGACACCUUCCAAGGCGCCGAACACCAAAUCCUUUUCCUCAGGGGCGGUUCGUAGGACGAUCUUCGCAACCCCAUCGAAAGUCGGUGCUUCCCCUCCAGAUGGUAAUCAUUCCGUGCCAUCACAUGUGUUCGAAACACCUGCCAAGAUCAUGGGCAAUUCGCCGCCCACGAAAGUUGAUUUUACGCAUCCCGCUGGUAUGGCAACACCUACGAAAUAUGUACCUGUCUCAGCCAGUGUGACUGAACCGGCUGGCUGCUCCAACCCCGCCAAGGACGAUGGAGGAUCAUCGAUCUACGACGCCUUGGGUUGGAAUGACGAUGAUGCCGAAUUUUUAUAG